UGAUCCUCUUUGAUCCUCCCCUCGAUUUCUUCCUCCCACACUCGUUUCUCUUCCGCUUCCUCCUCUCUGCCUGUCUUUUCUCCUAUAUCUCUCGUCCCCUCUGUUAUCGAUAGCCCAUCGAGACCAUGGAGACGCAACAAAUACCCUCCAUUGCCGUGGUGACGUCGUCUCGAGCCGUUAUCUCGGGUCGUCUAACGUCAGCCACGAUCGUGGUCUCUCGCAGCUCCGGCAAGAUCACUGCCGUCUUUGACUCCGUCAUUCCUGCCUCUGAUUUCCCCGACGGAACCCCUUAUACCGACUAUUCCCCUCAUGUGCUGCUCCCCGGUUUGGUGGAUGCCCAUGUCCACCUGAAUGAGCCUGGACGCACAGAAUGGGAGGGAUUUUACACCGGCACCCAGGCUGCGGCCUUCGGUGGUGUCACCACCGUCAUUGAUAUGCCUCUGAACGCCAUCCCGCCCACCACCACCGUGGCAGGAUUCAAGGAGAAGCUGAACGCUGCCCAAGGCAAGUGCUGGGUGGACGUCGGCUUCUAUGGCGGCAUCGUUCCCGGCAACGCCGGCGAACUCAAGGCGCUCGUCGACCAAGGUGUCCGGGGCUUUAAAGGUUUCCUCAUUGACAGUGGGGUUGACGAAUUCCCCGCCGUCUCUUCUGAAGACAUUCGUAAGGCCAUGGCAGAACUCGCCGAUGAGCCCACCACCCUGAUGUUCCAUGCGGAAAUGGUACCCCCCAUCACAUCCUCCGAGGCGGAUAUGCCCCAGACCCCUGAAGGCCCCGUGGAAGCCUACUCCACCUUCCUGGCAUCUCGUCCCUCCUCUUACGAGACUUCUGCCGUAGAAGAGAUCCUGUCCUUGGCCCACCUGGCCCCCAACCUUCCUUUGCAUAUUGUCCACCUUUCGGCCAUGGAGGCCAUUCCCCUCCUGCGGAAGGCCCGCGCAGAGGGAAUCCGUAUCACUGCAGAGACUUGCUACCACUACCUAUCUCUGGCCGCUGAGGAAAUCCGGGACGGUGAUACCCGUCAUAAAUGCUGCCCCCCGAUUCGCUCACAGCUGAACCAGGACGCCCUCUGGGCCGAAUUAGAACGCCACGCUGAGGAUGGCGUCAUCAACACCAUCGUCUCGGACCACUCUCCCUGCACCCCGAACCUGAAGCUUCUUCCCUCCCACGUACCGGGCAGCUGCACCUCCAAGGGCGACGCCACCAGCGAACAGGACCAAGGCAGCUUCAUGUCGGCCUGGGGUGGUAUCUCUUCUGUCGGUCUGGGUCUCCCCAUCUUGUGGACGGAGCUCAGCCGCCGGAAGGGCCUCACCUCUGCCCCCGAGGACACAAACACCAAGCGAGCCCUCCAGGAUAUCGUGCGCCUGUGCUGUGCCAACACUGCGGCACAGGUUGGGCUCGAGCGCCAGAAGGGCGACCUCGUCCCCGGUUUCGACGCCGACAUCUGUGUCUUCGACGACUCCGCCGAGUGGGUUGUGGAGCCAAGCACUAUGCUCUUCCGGAACAAGUGUUCACCAUACCAGGGUCGCACCCUGCGCGGUAUGGUCCGGGAGACGUGGUUGCGUGGAGAGAAAGUGUUCAGCCGCGACGGUGGAUUCAGCAGCAAGACUCCGUCCGGCACGUUGCUGUUAGAGAAACGGGUUUGAAUCUUUUCAUUUUGUUCCUCCCGCGCUUCGAUCGGGC